AUGGAAGAAACGUUAUUUGGGCUUUCUCCUUGAAAUACAGAAGAGAAUCAUAAACCUUUGCUCCAAAAAGUCCCUAGAAGAACGCCUAGUCCAGGACGAAUGAAUAACGUUAGUGUCUUGUCUGAAAGAUCCAGAGCCAAUACUUCAUUAUCUCGGCUAUUGAAGCCUUUAUCCCAUAGAUCUUCUCCGCUAUCUCCCUUUCAAUAAAUAAAAUAUCUAAUAGUUUUUUUUUAAAAAUAAAUUACUCAAUUUAAUCUAUUUUAAUUACAAUUUAUAACAAAUAAAAAUAAUUUAUAUUUAAAUCAUCAUAUUUCAUAAAAAAACUAUCUAUUUUUAAGAUAUUUUUUUAUAAUACCCAGUUGGCAAAAUCUUCACUAUUAUCUGGAAGGGUAAGUAAAAAUAUUUUACGAAGAUCCAAAUUCCUGCAAGAUUUUUCAAUUGAAGAGCCGAGAAGUUUUGAGUACCCUAGAUACAUAUUAUUUAGAAACGUAAAAUCGGUAUUUCUAGACGCAAAUCGCUAUAAAUUAGAACAAAAAUUAGCUCAGCAUCAAAUUCAUUUAAACGCACUUAAACGAGACUAUCGUGGAAAAUAUGAAUUCAAGCCUUUAAAUAUAAAGCCUUCAGAAAGUGCAAAUUGCCCCGUUUUUAAGCCAAAGCUCUUGAUUUCUGAAAAGGCGAUAACUACAAGAAAAUAUAGCAAGCGCUUUCAAGGUGCUUUUUCUUCAAGAGACCAUUAUAAGCCUACAAAAGAAUCUUUUUUGAUUUAG